UGCUCUGUGUUUCUCCCGCAGGUCUAUCAGGGCCAGUUCCCGUACAUUCACAUGGAGCCGCCCGACGUCAUAUAUGAGCGCUGGACCAAGAUAAAGCCCGAGGUGAAGAAGCACGUGGGUCAUCUGAUGCAUGUGUCUGUGUUUUGGUGGCAUAUCCUCCUGAGACAGCAGGACAAUCACCCCACCACCUUCUGGGCCGUGGAGAUGGGCUUUCUGGACUCAAAUGUGUCGAAUGACUUGAGUCUGAAGAGGCUCGAGAAGAUCGAGAUCCUGGAAAGCAUUCUGGAUGCCAUGGAGAGAGGCCUGUCUCACCCGGACAUGGAGGGGAAAGCCCGAGCCGUGGUGUCCUUAAGCAGAUUGUUUUCCAUGGAGGACGAUUGUUUGGCUGAAGCCAUCAGCUGGCUGCUGGACUCUAGAGCUCCUGACAUCCGCAAGAAGCUGCUGGAUCUCGGAUCAGUGGAGAUUCGCUACCGGACGCUUUGCUUCAUCUUCAGCGAGUAUUCACGCUAUCUUCAGGUGGUUUCAUGCAGUAAAAAGAAGGCCAUCAAGGAGCUGAAAGCAGAGCCGGACCCUUGGACUUUUUCAAAAAGCGAAGAUAUGAAAAACAAAGGAAAUGAGCAUUUUCAGAAGAAGAAAUAUGAUCUGGCGUUGAAGUGGUACACCAAAGCCAUUAAAUACCACCCGAGCAACCACAUCCUGUACGGGAACAGAGCGCUCUGCUACAUUCGCUCGGAGAAAUAUCUGAAAGCACUUGGAGACGGAAAGAGAGCCAUUAUAUUGCAGCCAGACUGGGCCAAGGGUCACUACCGCUUCUGUGACGCUCUGUUCUAUCUGGGGGAACAUCAGAAAGCUCUGACGGCCAACCGCCUGGCUCAGGACGCCUGCGGCGCAGACACCGAGGGACAGAAAGACCUGCUGCAGCAGCACGAGCGCUUCCAGACGGAGCUGCAGGAGAGCAGAGAGAUGAAGACCAAGAAAACCGAAACGAAGAAAACUUCUUCUAAAAGCAGAUCACACGCGGCCGGCGAUUCUUCAGGUCCUCAUCAGAAGUCCAGUCGUCAGCCGGAAGCGGCGUCUCAGUCUUCAGUCCUGGAGAGUUCGCAAUCUGAAAACGGGAAAGACCAGGAUGACACUGCAGGGAAUUCAGGAGCUCGAGUGAACGCUGACGGAAGAACUGACAGACUCAAAGACACGAAGAGUGAAAUGAGUCCACGAAAGACUAAGAAAGGCUCGUCCGGUGUCCCAGAGAAGCCGGCGGUCCGGCGCAAACACACACCCGUCUCUGACAGACCGAACCCUCCAGCGGAGGACGAGAGCGAGGCGGGGAGGAGAGAUCGCUUCUGUGCUGCUGUUCAGGAGGCUCAUGCGGCUCUGAGCGACCAGCGCUGUCGUAACGCUCAGCAGUCCUUCUCUGCAGCAAUCAGGAUCCUGGAGGCCAGCGGGACCACGGAGCUGGGUUUGACAGAGCUGGAUAAAUCUGUGCUGAUGUAUGGAUAUGCAAUGGCCCUGCUGGAGAUCGGACAGCCUGAGGAACUGGCUGAAGCUCAGCGGUUGUUCACCAAAUUAGAGUCAUCAGAGAGGAAGUUUCAGUCGCUGGUGCAUUAUGGGAUGGGCAGAGUUUACCUGAAGGAGAACAGAUUUACUAAAGCUCUGGAGUGCUUCACUAACGCUCAGCUGAUGAUCCAGAGACGCAUCACACAUGGAAAACUCACCUGGCCAACCACUAAAACUACAGUAGAGGAAACACAGCCGGCCUGUUUAAAGGUGCAUAACGUGUGUGUGUGUGUGUGUGUGUGUGUGUGUGUGUGUCAGUGGUGGAAGAAGCUCAAAACACUUUCAUUCUCUGAUAAGAACGACAAGGAUUUUCUAAAAGAUUCAUGUUUUACACCAGACUGUGGAGGUCAGGUCUGUCACAUCGUAAUAUAUGACUCGAUGGGGCUGAUAAAGUGUGAGUUUAAAACAUCUAUUCCUAAAAUCAAACCUGUUGGACGAUUGAGAAUCAAGCAGCAAUGUACAAGUAUUAAGAAGUUGAAGUCUAAAAAUGAACGAAAGCUUUGGCGGAAACAACACAAGUUGGCGACACGUUCUGCCUGUCAAGAGAGAAAGGAAGUAUCGGCUGCGGACGCCUCUAAAGACCCGACGGCAGAGAGAGAGACACCCAGAGACUGUAUUUAUGUGGACCGUGUUUUACAUCAAAUUCAUGAUAACAAAGGACUUUUUAAAGAAGAGUCAGUGAAUAUUUCUUGCUUUUUGGUGCAUCUGCGGCCGUGGCUGGAUUUAUUUGAGAGUAAAGGACAUGAGAGCGUGUUAAACAGCCGUAGAGACCCUGGACCUCUGUGGGAGCUGGUGGAUCUUCUGCUGGAGUCCAGAAACCGGGUCUGGGCUCGAGUCUUCAUCGAAACGCUUGGCCUGACGCUUCAUAUCAAACCCAAACUGCAGCAGUGGGCUCAGCAGCUCGAUAACGCUGGUCUGAAAGCCGCGGAGUCGUUCGUCAGUCGUUACAGCUCUCAUCUGGAGGAGUUGUACCUGAAGCCUCUGCUCACGUUCGCACCGCUGCAGGAGACACUCAUCGAGAAGUUCGGCACCGUUCCGGAGUUAUUUGACCGUGACGGUUUAACUGUAAUGGAGUACUUAAGACAGGCUCCAGCUAAAGAAAAGCGUCUGUUUAUUUGGACUCUAGAGUCGAAUCGAGAGCGCUAUCACUCCUGUCACUCCAUUCUCGAUCAAUAUUUUGAAGACGACGCUGUUUGUUUAGUCAUUAAAAAGACGGAUGAUGACGAGCACAUGAGCUCAGUGUUUAAGAGUAAAAGCAGGCAUAGCAAGAAGAAGCAGAAGGAGUUAAAGUCUGUUAUUGUGCUGUCUGGAAUGAGAGGUGGACAUCCGAGGGAUGAGGAUGAGGAAGAUGAGCUGUUCUCUGAGGAAGAUGCUUUGAUGUUCCUGAGCAGCAUGGAUCCGUUCAGCGUUCCCGAACACCUGCGAGAGCAGCUGGAGGAGUUUGAGGAGCAGUACGCCGGAUCAGCACACCGGAGCCACUACCAGAGAAUCCUGGACAAUAACCCCGACCCCACUAAAGAGAGUUUAUACGAUUAUUUCGCUCAGAUCCUGGAGGAGCACGGGCCGCGGUGCGCCUCGGACCCGCUGAUGGUGGGCGAGCUGGAGAACUUUCCUCCGGAGGCGCAGCAGAAGAUCGCAGAUGCUGGAGGACUUGAGUCCUUCCUGCUGGCGUCUCUGCGCUUCGUCAUGAUGGAUGAGCUGAUCGGCCUGAUGAAGCACGCCGUGUGUCUGACAGACUCCCUGCCUCCGUCACACCUCAACCCCUCGGCUGAAGAGUUCUGGCCUCACGCAGACGCUCACCUCAGCCUUCCUGAUGAUGAUCCAGAGGAGUCUGCGUCCUCCGAUCCGUUCCUGCUCCUCCCCGACCCGUAUGCCUUCGAGUGUCCCGUCUCAGACUACAAGUAUCUGGCAGCAGAUGUACUGGAGCGAGCGCCGGCGUCUGAGCAGAGCGAGGACAAACACACAGCCGUGUGUGAGCAGGAUUUGGCAGAGCAUACAGAUGUCUCCAUUAACACAGAGCCAUACGUGUCCUUCGAGAGCAACAACGGCGACAUGCUUCAGAAAGAGAAGCAGAGGCUGCAGCUGUUGAAGGAGAUCCAGCAGAUGAAGGAGGAUCAUGAAGCUGUGCAGCAGAGGAGGGCCGAGGAGAUCGCAGCGCUUCAGGAGGAAACCCAGAAGACCACCCUGAGGAUGCAGAUCGCCAGCGCCGAGCUCAGCAUGUUCCAGCAGAAACUAGAGGAGGAGGUGAGGAAAGACCAGCAGGAGAAGAAGGAGAACCAGGAGACGCUCAAGACACUGAAGAUGGAGAUCAAACACCUGGCAGAUUUACAUGAAAGUCACACCAGAGACAUCAGUGUGAAGAGUAAAGAGUAUGAGGCAGAACUGGAACGAUUCCUGGACGCCAGUAACCAGUGUGCGUCUGAGCGGCUGAGUCUAGAAGAAGAGGUGAAGCGCUUCAGAGACGCGUGUGUGAAGGCCCAGAGGAGAUCCACCAUGUCUCAGCUGUGUGUCCUGCAGAGCAGAUCUGAACACGCGCUGCGGCGGCUCAGGAUGAGCGUCUCUGAAGGGAAGAUGGUGGUCAAACACCUGACAGAGGCGUCGCUCAGUUUCCGCUCCGCUGCACUGCUGUCAGCCGUAGACGACUGGAAGAGACACGUGUGUGACGCCGAAGACAAAACCAACAGGACUCAGAUGGAGUUUGAGCUUCAGAUGGAUCAGGUGAAGAAGGGCGCCAGACUGAGUUCACUGCCUGAUAUCAGUGUUCCCAGCGUCCCCGCAGCACCUGCUCUACCGGUCAUGCUUCCUCCUCCAGUUCCUCAGCCGUCCGGCUCUCACUUCUACGGGUCACUUCCUGCCGCCCGCACCCCCACACCCACAGGAAGAAGCACACCGCAGCCUGCGGACAGACUUCCUGAAGAGCCUGUGAGCCAUCGGCCUUCAGCGCCGCAGCACCUCUCUGUGUACGACAGGAUCCUGGAGCGGCUGCACAUGAUGUUCCCUCAUUACAACAGGAUGGUGAUGAAUAAGUUCAUCCAGGAGGUCCGUGUGUCCAGCGGAGGCGCUCUCAACACGCUGACCUAUGAUGACGUCAUCAACCGAGUGGCUCAGCUCAUCCUGGAUCAUCAGGAGAACACGCGUGAGCACAUGAACAUCACAGGUGGAGACGCUGGGGGUCACAUGACUCCUCCACACGUGUGGAAGACAGUGUCAGAGAAACAUCGCAACACGCCGCUGGCGCUGAACAUGGAGGAUCCGUGCAUCAUCUGUCACGAGGACAUGAGUCCAGAGGAAGUGUGUGUCCUGGAGUGCCGCCACAGCUUCCACAGAGAGUGUAUAAAGUCGUGGCUGAAGGAGCAGAGCACGUGUCCCACCUGUCGAGAACACGCACUCUUACCGGAGGACUUUCCCUUGCUGCCCGGCAGACACCGCAGGAGCCACGCACCCGCCGCCGCAUUUAACUGACCCGCUGUAUGUUCAUCAGCAUACGCAUCAGACACCAGUCUCCUCAUCCAGCUCAUUUAAUCACAUACACUGUUUGUUUUCGGCUGUUGGAACCUCGACGGACCAAUCGGUGAUGUAUACUUUCAGGGCACAUCUGUGUUUUUCAUUCCUCUAAUAAAGUUCAUGCCGUGAA